AUGCCCCAGUCCUCCGCCCGGCGGUUAAGCUCCUCUACGACAUCGGGGGAAGCCUCUACCGACGAGGGGCGAUCCAAUCUCGGAGUAACAGGAUGUCAAAAGAACGGACCAAGGACGCGUCACGGAGAUUGUCUGCGUUUCGGAACACUCAAUUGCCGUACACUAGCAACUGAAGCUGCGCUCGAACAACUUCUUGCGGCAAACCGCAAGGCGAACAUCGAUGUGAUCUGCAUCCAAGAAACGAAAGCCCAAACAGAAACUUGCUCAAAGACGCUCAACGGAGAACUUCUGAUCCUCGGAAAGAAGGUCGACGGCAAGAACAUCGGUGGCGUAGGGUUUUUGGUGAACCGCUCGAUCCAACCCUACGUUGUCUCCCAUGUCAUCAUGAGUCCACGGCUCGGAAUCCUUCGCCUCGACUUAGGAGCUCGAGGGAAAGUUACGAUCAUCAACGUCUACGCUCCAACAUCAGAAGCAGAAGAAACCGUACUGGACGACUUCUACAAGACUUUAGAGGAGACGAUCAAGCGUGAAAAAACCUACUACGUUUACGUGAUGGGUGAUUUCAACGCGAUUCUUGGGGAAUGCGACCAACCCUCGGCUCGACAUGGAAGACACGGUCUCGGGAAUCGAAACGAAAGUGGAGAAAGACUUGUCGAUCUACUAUCCUCAAGCAGACUCUACCACGGUAACUCGCUAUUCGAGAAACCAAAAGCGAGAAGAUGGACCUGGAAAUCAAAUAACGGAACGACCAAAAACGAGAUCGACCAUGUUUUAACGAAUCGCAAACGGACUCUCCUCGACGUAGAAGUACUACCAAGUUUCAACGUAGGAUCGGACCAUCGAAUUGUCCGAGCAAAGAUUCGUCUAAACCGAAAAGCCAUGAAACGGAACCUCCACCAACCGCCACGUCCGAAGAGACCCACCUACGAUGCCACCACACUGGAAAGAAAUAUCCAUGACUACCCAUGGAGAAGCCACGAAGACCCCACAGAAGACUACAAACUCCUUUGCGAAGGUCUCCUCAAGUGCGCCGAACCUGCGACCAGGCCAUCGUCAACACUACCACCUCGACUUGACCAAAGAGCAAAAGACCUGCUGAAAAAACGUGGAGAAAUCAAACGCGAUCCGUCAUCCACACACCUGGACCAGCUGCUUAUCGACAAAGCGUGCAGGAUGGCGGUGGAAGAAUCGCUCCGCAACCGACGCAAACAAGCUCUACUUCAAGCAGCCGAGAAGCGCCAGAGUAUCAGGAAGAAGAAGUUCGAACUCACGAACCUACACUCAGUGAUGACAGGGCUAAAAGACGCAAACGGUCAAUUAAAGACAUCGCGCAGAGACAUGGAGAGCAUAACGGUCGACUUCUACACGGAACUCUUCAAAAGCAACACCACAGUUGCAAGAACACCGUCUCCGACGCCCGAAGACGAACCUGCGAUUCUCGCCGAAGAAGUUGGAUACGCCAUCCGGAAGCUGAAGAUUGGUACAUCUGCUGGACCCGACAACAUCACGACGGAACUGCUGAAGUCAGGAGGAGACGCCCUGAACAACCUUCUCGCCAAGCACUUCUCCACAUACUUGAAGGAAGCUUCAAUCCCGGUACAAUGGAAGGUAUCGAAAACCAUCCUAAUCCCGAAGAAAGGCGACGUCUCCGACCUAAACAAUUUCCGACCGAUUUCCCUUUUAUCUGUCGUAUACAAGUUGUUUACGAAGGUCAUACUGAACCGACUGGAGAAAAAGCUCGACGACUUCCAACCGGUCUCGCAAGCCGGAUUCCGCCGGAACUUCUGUUGCAUGGACCACAUCCACACCUUGACGCAAGUGGUGGAAAGACACCGGGAAUACAAACUCCCCCUUGCAAUAGCCUUCGUCGACUACAAGAAGGCGUUCGACAGCGUCGAGGUUAAUGCAAUCCUCAACUCACUCGUCUCCGCAGGAAUCGCCACCAAGUACGUCGACCUCAUCUCUGACUGCAACGAGGGCACGACAACAACCAUCCAACUAUUCGACAAGAAGCUCACAAUUCCCAUUGGAAAAGGAGUACGGCAAGGAGACACCAUCUCUCCGAAACUAUUCUCUACAGCCUUGGAAGACGUGAUGCGUCAACUCGACUGGGACACCGAACGAGACUGGGAAAGCGACAACGAAGUCAGAGGCAUCAACAUCGACGGCAAGGUCCUCACCAACCUUCGUUUCGCUGACGACAUCGUCAUUUUCGCAAACAACACCGCCGACCUGUCGACCAUGCUGAACGACCUGAACGACGUUGGCAAAAAGAUCGGACUGACGAUGAACCAGAAGAAGACGCAAUGGAUGUGCAACAGCUUCUGCGAUGAUGGCCCCGUGACACUCGAAGGCGAUAACUUACAAAAAGUCGACUCCUACGUCUACCUUGGAAGAGAAGUCAACAUGCUUAACGACCUGAAGACGGAAAUCGGAAGACGCAGAAGAGCAGGCUGGGCAGCCUUCAACAACAUCCGGGAAGUCACUAGCCAAAUCAAGGACCCAAAGAUACGUGCUCACAUCUUCGAGGCAUCAGUCAUCCCCGCCCUGUCCUACGGAUCCGAAGCUUGGCCAGACACCAAGGAGACCUCCUCCGCCCUAAGAACGGCAUACCGCGCACUGGAAAGAGCUCUUCUCGGCACCACCCGAUACCAACAAUGGAACCAAAACCAGAGAAGCACAGACCUUCGGCAGUUAUCCCAAAUCAAAGACCUCGAAAAGCAUAUCAGCCGCGGCAAACAUCGAUGGGCAGGACAUGUCAUCAGAAGAACAGACGACCGUUGGAGCACAAGAGUAACAUCUUGGAUUCCCAGAAACACGAGGCGCACCCGCGGACGACCAGCGACCCGAUGGGCAGACCACUUCAAGAAGAACAUUAGCCGUCAGGGACGCCAUUGGAUGACCGUCGCCAGAGACCGGGAUGCAUGGAAGACGUGUGGUUCGCGCUGA